UCGUCGAGGUCUGACAUAAUAAGUUUUAUCAGCUGCUUACAGCAAGUUUGUUUUGUUUUUAUCACGUUUUAUAUUUAUCGUCAAUCAACAGUUUUCAAUCCGUGCAGUGAGAUUAUAUCGAAUAAUUCAUGUACUACGAAGAAUUUGGCAUGCCUGGGGGCUUGCUGAGCGGUGGGUCGUACACAUCGCUGGAUCAGGUGUACAGAGGUACAACGUUGCCAAAAAAAAAGGCAGACGCAAAGAAAAUGCUGCGUUUAAAAGCGGUGGCCAAGAAGAAGUUCAAGCCGUUGGUUGACCAGAGCGGGUCUGACAUGACCGAGGUCCUCACCAAGAAUAACUUUGACGAGGACGAAAAGAAGGAUCCGGAGAAAAUGCCAUCCAUGAAUGCCGAGGAGACCGCUCUGCUGGGCAUGGACGACAUCGAGCUGAAGAACAUCCAGCUGGUGUUCCCUUCGGCGCGGCGCUUCAGCGACGGCGCGUGCGCCGAGACGCGCGUGCGCACCGACCGCGGCGAGCUGUGCGUCGCCGUGCAAGGCGACCGCGCCAAGCCCGCCAUACUCACCUACCACGAUCUGGGGCUCAACUAUGUGUGCUUCCAACCGUUCUUCAACUUCGUGGACAUGCGCGCGCUGCUGGAGAACUUCUGCGUGUACCACGUGAACGCGCCGGGGCAGGAGGAGGGCGCGCCCAGCCUGCCGGAGGACUACGUGUACCCGACCAUGGACGAGCUGGCCAACCAGCUCAACUACGUGCUGGGCCACUUCGGGAUCAAGUCCUUCAUCGGGUUCGGCGUCGGCGCCGGCGCCAACAUCCUCGCUCGCUUCGCUCUCGCUCACCCUACUAAGGUGGAUGCGCUGGCGCUGAUCAACUGCACGGCGAGCCAGGCGGGCUGGAUCGAGUGGGCCUACCAGAAGAUGAACAGCCGCUCGCUGCGCGCGCGCGGCAUGACGCAGGGCGUGCUCGACUACCUCAUGUGGCACCACUUCGGACGCUUCCCUGACGAGCGCAACCACGACCUGGCUCAGAUGUACCGCAUGUACUUCACGCGCAACGUCAACCCCACCAACCUGUCGCUGCUCAUCGACGCCUACGCGCGCCGCUCGGACCUCGGCAUCGGCCGCGACGCCGACACCCUGCGCCCGCCCGUGCUUAACAUCACCGGCGCGCUGUCGCCGCAUCAGGAGGACACGGUCGCCUUCAACGCGCGCCUGGCACCCUCCACCUCCACCUGGAUGAAGAUCUCCGAUUGCGGGAUGGUGCUGGAGGAGCAGCCGGCCAAGAUCUCGGAGGCGUUCCGCCUGUUCCUGCAGGGCGAGGGCUACGUCGCGCCUCUGUCGCCGACGAAGAUCGUCGCGUUCCGGCGGCUGUCGGACGCCGCCGAGCGCCGGCGCUCGUGCCGCCACUCGCCCGUCAUCCGCAUCACCGAAAACCCCAUCUCCGAGGCCGUGGUCUGCUAGGCGCCCCGGCCGGCUCGCGCGAGCGGACAGCGGAGCACACCCUGUAAAUACAUUGGCGAUUUCGAUUUUUUCCCCGUAUUUAACCCGACGAUGCGGAUAGUUGGCUUCGGAGAUGCCGUACGUUUGGAGGUGCCUGUACUUAGAGGGCCCGUCGAGCCGCUGCGCGCAGCAGCCGCUGGCGCGCUGCGUGGUGCUGUUGGCGCUGCCGCCGCGAGCCGCCGCGAGCCAAGCCGCGCGCAGCUCGGUGGCGCUAAUCCGCUCGCUGCUCCGCUCGCUGCUCGGCGUGCUGUUCUGUUUCAAUAACCUCCGACGUUUAUUUACUAUUAAGUAAGCGCGGGUGGCGCUGCGGCGACAGUCUGUGGUGUCUGCAACGAAAUUAUAUCAUGACGAUGGUAGCGCGUGCAAUAUCAAAAAUAUGUUUCUUCUUAAGAACGAACUGUACUGAUGCCAGUAUGUUUGUGAACAGCGCCACCUGCUUUUUUAUUUUUUUCUCAUUUUUUAGAUGUAAGUUAUUUUAUUAAGUUUCCAAAUUUUGUGUGACCGCCUUCCCCUGGGGUUUGAAUGAAAGUGUUUGAAAUUAUGCGCGUGAGCGUGCUGCGACCGGCAGGCCGGCCGUCUGAGACGGAAUAAUUUAGUUUUAAUAUAUAUAUCGUGUCGCAGCACCACGCUUACGAGAAUGUGAGGAACGAUAAUAUAAAAAAGGAACCAAAGAUAAAGUAAGUGUACAUAUCCGGAAACGCGCGGGCCGACCCAGUGAGUUGAAGUUAUAUCAGGUGUAUAAGUUUAAGGAAUUUUAUUAGAACACACUGACUCACUGACUAUACUAUUACUGUAAUGAUAUACCACUAUCGAGCAUUUAUCGUUAUUCGGUUAGGCUAUCGUCACAUUGGUGUUACUUCAUGCAAGUGUGCGAGGAUCGGCGUGGAUGGUGACUAGAGAUAGAUACGAGGGCUGCAGCGCAUCGCCGCGCGGCCCGCUCGGAGCAGCUGCCAUUUUGACAAUCAAGCAAUUUCCAAUUCAAAAUCGAAGUUUAUUUGUUUGAUUAACUUUUCUAACAAUGUCAUCGACUUCCAUUUGGUUAUUAAAGCUGCAUUUAUGUCUGAACGAACGUUUCUCGCGGCAGCUGCGCGGGCGCGGCGCGCUACGCCGCCGGGUGCUAUGCUAAGACCAAGAUAGUUUUUGAGAUCGAUCAUUUAAUGACGAGUGUUUUGGAUAUAUUUUCGCUUAGUUUUUUUAAAACGCCUAUUGUACGUCACCUUUUUGAAUAUACUUAGUUUAAUAUUGAUUUAAAAAAAUUGUAAAUCACGGCCUGUACUGUGUAACGAAGUGUUGUGAGUGAUUUAGUUUUGUUUAUCAGUAUUAUUCCCGGGUGAUCACCCUUCUGUUCGGCCGCUUGUAGCCGUUAGCUUGCGCCGCGAGGCCGGUAGCGACGCUUCGUAGAAGUACAAUAAGUGCAUUAUGUUCUUAGAUACUACUUACAUUUUAUCAACUUGUAAUUGUUUUGUAGUGAUUCGACUCUAAGUUUACUGAUUUGUGUAAAUUUAAUAUGGGUCUAUUAAAAGGUGAGUUUGUAAA